AUGAUAACAACUUCAAACUUUCUUUGCUCGGAAGUAUUUCUCGUUUAUGAAAACGAAGCAUUUUAUGCCAAAAUUGUUUUUCUGGGCCUUGCAGUUUAUGUCGCUCUUCAGUUCAGUAUUUUGAAAAGAAGAAAAAUAUCUAUCCAUUAUUUAAAGAGCCAAUACGACGGCGAAGAAGAUUUUGUCGACAGAAGCGAAAGAUAUAUGUUCAUUUUCUUUGCAUUCUUUUCGUUUAUUCUCAUAUGUAUUUUUGCGAUGUUUUCCUUUGUCAGUUAUUUUUCCGUAGCCAGAGUUAUAAACGAUAAUAAAGUAAUAUUAUAUUGCACGUUUAUUAUUCAGCUAUGGUUAACUUAUACUUCGUCACAGAUAUCCUUUGUAUUACUAUCAUUCGCAUUUGGUUCUAUACUAUUAGGAAAACGAUUUGUGGAAGUCUCCAAAGAAUUAGAAAAUACAAACCGAGCAACUAAAGCGUUUUUACAAAAUCUUAUGGAGAAAAUUUUGAAAUUAUGGGAAUUUUUUCAAGAAGUAAACGAAAAUUGGAGUAUUCUUUUUCCUGUUAUAUACAUACAUUUUGUUUACGAAUCCUGCUUUUUCCUUUUUGGAAGUCUUUUCGCCAAAAUAAAUGUCAUCUUACGUAUUUCUGUAUUUGUUACUGCAUUGAUAUUAUUAAUUGGAUCAUUGUUAGUUUCUUGGGCACUGUCGAAAUUUACAUCGAUUGUAUACGACAAUUUCAUUUCAAUUGGGAAAUUCUAUUCAGAACCUCUUUCCUUGGAGUAUAAAUUCAAAGUGAUUGGAUUCAUGAAGAAAUUUGGAGGAAGACCUUUUGGUAUAUCCGUUGGCGGAUUUUUUUACGUGAAGAAGAACUUUCCAAUUCGGGUAAUGAGUGGAUUGUAUUCAGUUUUCUCAACUCUAAUUCAGCUCACUGGAGUACUCCGACGAAAAAGUUGCACGUCAAGAAUAAAUGAAAACGUCGUAAUUACUAAUACAACUGUUCAUUAAUUACCAUUUGUUACUACACAAAAACAAAUUUGAGACUGGUUUUGUGGCAAAAAUUUGACAAUUUCACUGAUUAAUUAGAUAUUGAAUUACAUUUGUUGCAAAUGCACGAACAAAAUUGUAAUGUGUGGCCAGAAAGUUCUACUGAUAUUAAAUAU